AUGGCGGAUCUUCCGGUCAUCAACCCCAACUGGCUCUCCGACCCCGCGGAUCAAGAAUUGGCAGUCGCGUCUUUCAAGCGCGCGCGCCAGAUCUGGCAGAUUCUCUCCGGCUUGGGCCUUACGGUUGAUAAGGAGGAGUAUUUCCCUGGGCCGAACGUGACUUCUGACGCUGCGAUCCUGGAUUUUAUACAGCGGUCCUUGAUGACGAUCUAUCAUGCAGCAGGGACGUGCAAGAUGGGAAAAGUGGACGAUCCCAUGGCUGUGGUCGAUAGCAAGGCACGCGUGAUCGGCUUCCAAGGUUUGCGCGUUGUGGAUGCGAGCUCUUUCCCCUUCCUGCCGCCGGGACAUCCGCAGAGCACGGUGUACGCGCUUGCGGAGAAGAUUGCUGUUGAUGUGCUCGAGACGGCGGGGUUGAGCGUGCCGGGGGAAGGGUAUGAUUUGAGUGGAUAUGAGAAGGAGCAGGAGAUGUUGGGGCAGCAGAGGCAGGGAGGUGGGAGUGGGACGGAGGCUUAUAGUGCGCAGAAUGCUGGAGGAAAGGUGGAGGGGUGGGGGAGUGUGGUUCUGGCGGCUGUGGCGAUGGGAUGCGUUAUGUUGGGUAUGGGCCUGUUAUAG